GCGGCGGGCGGGUACCGGGGAGCCGGGGCUGCGGAGGCAUGAGAGCCCGGCGGAGCUGAGCUGAGCCGGGCCGAGCCGAGCCGGGCCGGGGGAGGCUGCGGGAAAGGCGGAGGAGCAGCGGCGGGAACCCGGCCCUGCAUUUCCAUGGUGUCGGGAGCCGUGUGGAUUACCCCGCCGUGAGCCGGGCGGCACCGGAGCUGCGGGGGCUGAACCAUGUGAGGGACCUUGCUGGUGCACAGGACACGCGCGGGGAACACAAAAGUUUGCCUUUCCCAGGAUGGAUCAGAGGAAGAACUGGCCUCGGGUACCGGACUCCGAUGGCUGGUCAGUGGCUUUGCUCUGUCUCUUCCUGGCAUCGCUCUCCCGAAACGUGUCCAGCAAUGCCUUGUUCAGCACUUUCCACUCUGAGAACCGGGAGUGGACGUUCAACCACCUGACUGUCCACCGAGGCACCGGAGCAGUCUAUGUUGGAGCUAUCAACAGGGUUUACAAGCUUUCGGGUAACCUGACCAUUUUGGUGGCUCAUAAAACUGGUCCCGAGGAGGACAAUAAAUCCUGCUACCCACCCCUCAUCGUCCAGCCAUGCAGCGAAAUCCUCACCCUCACCAACAAUGUCAACAAGCUGCUGAUCAUAGACUACUCUGAGAACCGGCUGCUGGCUUGUGGCAGCCUCUACCAGGGGGUCUGCAAGCUGCUGCGCCUGGAUGACCUCUUCAUCUUGGUAGAGCCCUCGCACAAAAAGGAGCACUACCUGUCCAGCGUCAAUAAGACGGGCACGAUGUAUGGUGUGAUCGUGCGCUCGGAAGGUGAGGAUGGGAAGCUCUUCAUUGGCACGGCGGUGGAUGGCAAGCAGGAUUAUUUCCCCACCCUCUCCAGCCGCAAACUUCCCCGGGAUCCAGAGUCAUCAGCAAUGUUGGAUUACGAGCUCCACAGUGACUUUGUCUCAUCCCUCAUCAAAAUCCCCUCGGACACCUUGGCCCUUGUUUCGCACUUUGACAUCUUCUACAUCUAUGGUUUUGCGAGUGGCAACUUCGUCUAUUUUUUGACUGUCCAGCCAGAGACCCCAGAGGGUGUCUCCAUCAACUCCGCCAGCGAUCUCUUUUACACCUCCCGCAUCGUCCGUCUCUGCAAGGAUGACCCCAAGUUCCACUCCUACGUCUCUCUGCCCUUCGGCUGCGUCAAGGGGGACACGGAGUACCGCCUCCUGCAAGCAGCGUACCUCUCCAAGCCAGGAGAUGUGCUGGCCAAGUCCCUCAACAUCACAGCCCAGGAGGAUGUCCUCUUUGCCAUUUUCUCCAAGGGACAGAAGCAGUACCAUCAGCCACCCGACGACUCCGCGCUCUGUGUCUUCCCGAUUCGCACCGUCAACGCUCAGAUCAAGGACCGCCUGCAGUCCUGCUACCAGGGGGAAGGCAACCUGGAGCUCAACUGGCUGCUGGGGAAAGACGUCCAGUGCACCAAAGCGCCAGUGCCCAUCGAUGACAAUUUCUGCGGGCUGGACAUCAACCAGCCCCUGGGAGGCUCGACACCGGUGGACGGGGUGACGCUCUUCACCUCGAGCCGGGACCGGAUGACUUCUGUUGCUUCCUACGUCUACAACGGCUACAGCGUGGUGUUCGUGGGGACCAAGACUGGCAAGCUGAAGAAGAUCCGAGCAGAUGGUCCUCCCCAUGGUGGAAUUCAGUACGAAAUGGUGACGGUUUUCAAGGACGGGAGCCCAGUCCUUCGAGACAUGGCCUUCUCCAUCGAUCAGAAGUAUCUGUACGUCAUGUCAGAGCGACAGGUGUCCCGGGUGCCCGUGGAGUCCUGUGAGCAGUACACGACCUGCGGGGAGUGCCUGAGCUCGGGAGACCCCCACUGCGGCUGGUGCACGCUCCACCACAUGUGCUCCCCGCGGGACAGCUGCGAGCGAGCCGACGAGCCGUACCGAUUCGCCGGCAGCAUCGGCCAGUGCAUGAGCGUCACGGUGCAGCCCAGCAGCAUCUCCGUCUCCCAGCACAGCCUCCCGCUCAGCUUGCUGGUGAGCGAUGCUCCGGACCUGGCGGCCGGCGUCACCUGCCUCUUCGGAAACCUGACGGAGGUGGAAGGGCAGGUUUCGGGCAGCCGGGUUGUGUGUGUUUCGCCAGCAGCGAAGGAUGUUCCUGCCAUACCUGUGGAUCAGGACUGGUUCGGCGUGGUGCUGCAGCUGAAGUCGCGGGAGACCGGGAGGACAUUUGUCAGCACGGAGUUCAAGUUCUACAACUGCAGUGCCCACCAGCUGUGCCUGUCUUGUGUGAACAGUGCUUUCCGCUGCCACUGGUGCAAGUACCGGAACCUCUGCACCCACGACCCCACCACGUGCUCCUUUCAGGAGGGACGGAUCAACGUCUCUGAGGACUGUCCCCAGCUCUUCCCCACAGAGGAGAUCCUGAUCCCAGUGGGAGAGGUGAAACCCAUCACCUUGAAGGCGAGAAACCUGCCCCAGCCCCAGUCCGGCCAGCGCGGGUACGAGUGUGUCCUCAGCAUCCAGGGCGUGAUCCACCGCGUGCCCGCCCUGCGCUUCAACAGCUCCAGCGUCCAGUGCCAGAACAGCUCGUAUCUCUAUGAUGGGAUGGACAUCAGCAACUUGGCAGUGGACUUUGCUGUGGUUUGGAACGGGAACUUUGUUAUCGACAACCCGGAGGAUCUGAAAGUGCACCUCUACAAGUGCGCGGCCCAGCGCGAGAGCUGCGGGCUCUGCCUCAAAGCCGACCCCAAGUUCGAGUGCGGCUGGUGCAGCGGCGAGGCCAAGUGCACGCUGCGGCCCCACUGCAGCCCCCCCUCCGCCCAGCCCUGGCUCGACUGGUCCAGCAGGAACGUCAAGUGCUCCAACCCUCGCAUCACCGAGAUCCUGACGGUGUCGGGCCCCCCGGAAGGAGGGACGAGGGUGACCAUCCGUGGCGUGAACCUGGGCCUGGAUUUCUCCGAGAUCGCCCACGGGGUGCAGGUGGCUGGGGUGCAGUGCACGCCCCUGCCCGAGCAGUACGUCGUCGCAGAACAGAUCGUCUGUGAAAUGGGGCAAGCGCUUCCAGGGAUCAGCUCCGGCCCAGUGCUCCUGUGCAUCGGAGAGUGCAAGCCGGAGUUCACGGCCAAGUCCACGCAGCAGUACAUGUUCGUGACGCCAGCGGUGAGUUUUCUGAAUCCCAGCCGCGGUCCGGAGUCAGGAGGGACGAUGGUGACCAUCUCCGGGCACUACCUGGGGGCCGGCAGCCGCGUCUCGGUGCUCUUGGGAAACCAGACCUGCGAAUUCUACGGGCGAUCCAUGAACGAGAUCGUCUGCGUGUCGGCCCCAUCCACCCACGGCCUGGGGGCUGUUCAUGUCUCCGUCAGCGUGGACCGGGCUCAGCUGGAGCGAACUUUGCUCUUUGAGUACAUCGACGAUCCGAAGGUGCAGCACAUCGAACCCGAGUGGAGCAUCGCCAGCGGCCACACGCCUCUGACCGUCACCGGCUCCAACCUGGACGUGAUCCAGGAGCCGAGGAUCCGCGUCAAGUACAACGGCAAGGAGUUUGUCAACGUCUGCAAGGUGGUGAACGCCACAGCGCUGGCCUGCCUCGCUCCCCCCCUCGCCCCCGAGUACCGGCCCGGCCUGGACGCCGUCGAGCGGCCGGAUGAGUUUGGGUUUAUCUUUAACAACGUGCAGUCCCUGCUGGUCUACAACGACACCAAGUUCGUAUACUACCCCAACCCGACGUUUGAACUCCUGAGCCCAACCGGGGUGCUGGAGCAGAAGCCGGGCUCACCCAUCAUCCUGAAGGGCAGAAACCUGUGCCCACCCGCUCCUGGAGGAGCAAAGCUCAACUACACCGUGCUGAUCGGAGAAACACCCUGCGCCGUCACCGUCUCCGAGACCCAGCUGCUGUGCGAGCCGCCAAACCUCACCGGACAGCACAAAGUGAUGGUGCGUGUUGGUGGUAUCAUCUUCUCCCCUGGUUCGGUGAGCAUCAUCUCGGACAGCCUGCUGACCCUGCCGGCCAUCGUCAGCAUCGCGGCCGGAGGCAGCCUGCUCCUCAUCAUCGUCAUCAUCGUCCUCAUCGCCUACAAGCGCAAGUCCCGGGAGAACGACCUGACCCUCAAGAGGCUGCAGAUGCAGAUGGACAAUCUGGAGUCCCGGGUGGCCCUGGAGUGCAAGGAGGCGUUUGCAGAGCUGCAGACGGACAUCAAUGAAUUAACCAGCGACCUGGAUCGCUCGGGGAUCCCGUACCUCGACUAUCGGACGUAUGCCAUGAGGGUCCUUUUCCCUGGCAUCGAGGACCAUCCUGUCUUACGGGAGCUGGAGGUCCAGGGGAACGGGCAGCAGAGCGUGGAGAAGGCCUUGAAGCUCUUUGCUCAGCUGAUAAACAACAAAGUCUUCCUGCUGACCUUCAUCCGAACGCUGGAGCUGCAGCGCAGCUUCUCCAUGCGCGAUCGCGGCAACGUGGCCUCGCUCAUCAUGACGGGUCUGCAAGGCAAGCUGGAGUAUGCCACCGACGUGCUGAAGCAGCUGCUCUCCGACCUCAUCGAGAAGAACCUGGAAAACAAGAACCACCCCAAACUGCUCCUGCGCAGGACCGAGUCGGUGGCUGAGAAGAUGCUGACGAACUGGUUUGCCUUCCUCCUCCACAAGUUCCUCAAGGAAUGUGCUGGAGAGCCUCUCUUCAUGCUCUACUGUGCCAUCAAGCAACAGAUGGAGAAAGGUCCGAUUGAUGCCAUCACAGGAGAAGCCCGUUACUCCCUGAGUGAGGACAAGCUGAUCCGGCAGCAAAUUGAGUACAAGACUCUGAUCCUAAACUGUGUGAACCCAGAUAAUGAGAACAGUCCAGAGAUCCCUGUGAAGGUGCUGAACUGUGAUACCAUCACUCAAGUCAAAGAGAAGAUCCUCGAUGCAGUAUACAAGAACGUCCCAUAUUCUCAAAGACCAAGAGCUGUUGACAUGGACUUGGAGUGGCGGCAGGGCCGGAUAGCUCGUGUGGUCCUUCAAGAUGAAGACAUCACCACCAAGAUUGAAGGAGAUUGGAAGCGCCUGAACACCUUGAUGCAUUAUCAGGUAUCAGACCGCUCGGUCGUGGCUCUCGUUCCCAAACAGACCUCCUCCUACAACAUUCCUGCCUCUGCCAGUAUAUCCCGGACGUCUAUUAGCAGAUACGACUCCACCUUCCGCUACACCGGCAGCCCCGACAGCCUGCGCUCCCGGGCCCCCAUGAUCACCCCCGACCUGGAGAGCGGGGUCAAGGUCUGGCACUUGGUCAAAAACCACGAUCACGGAGACCAGAAGGAAGGAGACCGGGGCAGUAAGAUGGUGUCUGAGAUCUACCUGACCAGGCUAUUAGCUACAAAGGGAACGCUGCAGAAAUUUGUGGACGACUUGUUCGAGACGCUGUUCAGCACCGUGCACCGCGGCAGCGCCCUCCCGCUGGCCAUCAAGUAUAUGUUCGAUUUCUUGGACGAGCAGGCAGAUAAGCACGGCAUCCACGACACAGACGUGAGGCACACGUGGAAGAGCAACUGCCUCCCCCUCCGCUUCUGGGUGAACGUGAUCAAAAACCCCCAGUUCGUGUUCGAUAUCCACAAAGGCAGCAUCACGGACGCCUGCCUCUCUGUCGUGGCUCAGACCUUCAUGGAUUCCUGCUCCACCUCGGAGCACCGCCUGGGCAAGGAUUCCCCCUCCAACAAGCUGCUGUACGCCAAGGACAUCCCCAGCUACAAGAGCUGGGUGGAGAGGUAUUACGCCGACAUCGCCAAGCUCCCCGCCAUCAGCGACCAGGACAUGAACGCCUACCUCGCCGAGCAGUCGCGCCUGCACUCCGCCGAGUUCAACAUGCUGAGCGCGCUCAACGAGAUCUACUCCUACGUCAGCAAGUACAGCGAGGAGCUCAUCGGGGCUUUGGAGCAGGAUGAACAGGCACGUAGGCAGCGUCUGGCAUACAAAGUAGAGCAACUUAUUGGUGCCAUGUCUAUUGAGAGCUGAAGAAAGGUUGCGGUGCUCGCAGACGGCAAAGGGCAGAGGAUUGCCCAGACUCUCGGGAAUUAAGAGGGAGAACAAGCAAGAAAGGCGCUGGACUCAUAAAUACCAAGGCUUUUCUGGAGGGAGCAGAGACUGGCCCAAGGACUGACUGUUCAAAAUCACAUGGGAUCCGCUUUGAAAGGAGGAAGAGAAAAAGGCAAAAGCAUCUCAAUAAAAGUCAAAUCAAGAUGGAUCACUUCUUUGAGUAUACAUGGAAAGAAGGAACCUGGAAAGUCUGGAUGUCUCCAUGACUGCUUCUUUGCAUGAAAAUUGUUUGAUGUAUAUUAGAAAAUAAAACUUUAUUUAAAGGUUUUUUUUAAAAAAAAAAAAAAAAAAAAGAAAAAGGGAAAAAAAAAAAAAAAAGAAGAAAUAGAGCAAAAACCACAGAGGCCACAGAGAUAAUCCUGGCAACAAGGUCCAGCUCUGAAUCCUGUCCUCAAGAGACUCCCGAGGACGUGGCUCAGGCAUUUUGCGAACGGACUCUUAUGCCAAUUGGAAAGUCUGCAAAACCGAAAUGUUCUUCUUUUUGGGAUCUUACAAAAAAAUAUGAGCACAAGUUUGCACCACACCUUUUUACACGAGUAAAAUAGCAGUUUAGCCAGAAAAUAGUCCAGUGGCUGAGUAACUUAUAGGCACUAGAAGGAACUUUACCUGAAUUGCAAAACCAUCAGAUCAUCCAACCUGUCUUGAAAUCCAGCUUUAUCUAUGUAUUUAUAUAGUGUCAAUAUAUAUAUAUAUUUUUUAAAUCCCAUUUAAAUGUCGAACGACGAAGGAUCUGAUUGGAAAGGCUUUCCCCUUCCCCUUUUCCCGCGCGGUGGCCGGCAGCCCCCCAGCAGUGCCGGUGGCCGUGCCCGGCGGCUCUCGGCGCGGUGCCGGUUGCUGCGGGCCGGCUGCCCUCUCCCCGCCGGGCAGGGCCGGGGCGAAGCCUCCUCGCUUGCGUUUGGGUGGCGGUUUCUGGCAGCCGCCGCUGGUUUCUUGCAGUAAAAGCCAACAAACCCCCGAUGUUUACAGUGAGUGAUACUUGAAAAGACUCGGCGUAGCGGGAGGAGGUAUUUAUUGCUUUUCUGUUUGACUUGCAGAGUCGAUCGGCACAGGCUCCCUUUGAGGUUCUCUGCCAGCGUUCGCGGUGUUGCCCGGGGUCAGGCGCAGGACUUAUAUUUCCACUGGGGAGGGGAAAGAAAUCUUUGCUCUAGGCAAGGGAAAACCUUAACCAGCACUCCACAGGCCAGCUAGCGCUGCUGUCUUGUCUCUGUCUCGGCGUCUCGUUGUGAUAUUCAGUUCCUCGCUGGCCCCGACGGCAUGUGUUCUUGUGGCCGGUGACAGGCAAAUGUUUGUGAGUGUUAUUUCUUUCAAAGACACCAAAGCUUAUGUGUGUCCCUUUGUAGAGUGCCAGGAGGGGAAGGAAUGCUGUAAAUAUUUCUCUCUGUAAUAAAUAUUAAUAUUUGUGCAGGCUGCAGUGGGGAGGACAGGGUGGUCAGGUCUAAUGGAAAUACAAGUAUUGACUGCAUGGGCUUGGCAGCAAAAUAGCUCCCGGCAUCUGCUCAGCCCUGCCCGGGCAGUGCUGUGCCGGACUGGGACCUUAGUUUGCAGCCAGUGUGUGUUGAAGGAAAAUCCAUUUUCAUAUCCGUCCCCCCUCCUCCACCAUUCCUGCCCAGAGGAGCCCAGGAGGGUCCCCAUGGGCUCCCCGUGCACCGGGAGAGCUGCCGGCUUUUGGUCUCGAGAUGAAGUCCUUAGGGGAGCCAGCAACAGGGGAGAAGCAUGUGGAGAAAUACUCAGGAAACUUGUUGUUUUAAUUACAGUUCAGUAGAAGCCAUGCCAAUCCACUUUCUUUUGGUAAUCCACUUCUGUGAGUUUCUCUGGGCCUUGUUAAUACUCGGGAAGAAAAUACUAAUGAUAAUGAUCAACCUUGUGCAAUAAGUUCUUGACAUUUACAACAGCCUGAGCUGUGUAACUGGAGGGCUUGGAUUUACCGAGACACAGAGAGAGCUGGCAGAAACAGAGAGACUGAGAAGCAGAGCAGGAUUCGUACUGCCGCGUUAUUGGGAGAGUUCCCUUCCUAGGGAUCCUCCUCCUGCACAGUGAAUCUGAUUUCAAAGACAGAAAAUGUACAAGUGUCCAGGUUGUCCUAUUCAAGCCUGGCAUGGACGCGGCGAAUGAGCUGUCACUGCAGCAGCCGCCAGCCUGGCCUGCUCUUUGCUGCUGGUGUUACAGGGGAUUGCAGAGUGUUAGGUUUUGAAAUCCUCCAGGGCCUCAUUUUUUACUGGUUUGUGUCACUGCUGUUCACAGUGACCCGGCAUGCAGCUUAUGUGAGUGAUUUCCAGGUCUGUAUUCUAGUUGUGGUCGUUGUUUUGGGUAUUCAUAUUCCAAUCGUUCACCAAAUUCUUAUGGUACUCUGAAACCCAAAGAAAGCGCUCCAAAUGGUUUCCGAGUGGUUUCCGAACACUUCUAAAUAUUAGUCUGAAUAGUUAUCUCUGCAGGAUUCACGAAAUAAGAGCACUGCCCAAAGCAGGGACCUGGCUUUUCAUCACCCGGGUGCUGGUGAAUGUGUGCUUGCCCUUCAGCCCGAGCCAGGCCCUCCUGGUCCUCUUUUCUUCACACCUAUUUGAGAGGCUUUUUGCGUAGCUGCUUUUACGCCCACUUUCCCCCUCCUGCUCCCUACCACCUGGCCAGGAGCACCCCAUAAGCAAUCGUGUUGGCACUCCCCCUUGCCCAGUAUUUUCCCAGCAGCGGUGGGGGUCCCCAGCCCUCCCUGGGUUUGCUGGGCAGUGCUGAGGGUGGGGGCUGCAGGGACUCAGCAGCGAUGCCAGUGACCAGGCUCUUUUCCACAUCUGUUUUGGCUGCCUGUUCCCCCACGGAAGGUACAGAUAAGGGGGAAAAAGAAAAAUCAUUGCAGAGCCCAGAGGGAUUGGUUUGUAAGCAAGGAUUAAAAGAAUCCAACGUGUCCAAGCUGGCUCAACACAGGGUCUGUCUUCCACGAAUACACCAAAGCACUAAGGAGAGAAGUGGACGACUGGGUGUAUUUUCUGUACUGUGGAAGCACGUUGAGCAGAGGAGGAAAGGGAAAGCAGCAGGAGCACUUUGCAAACCAGUAAGCUAUUACACUUUUGACUGAUUUCCGAGAGAAGCAGCCGAAACAUCUCUUCUUCCCCUGUUGAAAAGGCAUUAGGAGGCUGGCAUAGGGAACAGCACCGUGCUGACUGGAAGGGGUGGCCUAUAAAUAAAUGUGUCUACUCGUGGUGGUCGACAUCAAUUAUGGAUCUUUACAGGCAAUUAUAUGGAAUGAAGCAACGUAUCCCCUUGGAGCAAAGUGCUUGUAAUCUAUUUCCCUGUUUGCAUCCAACUUUUCAGUUAGUCCUUCGGGAAGAGGAAGCCUCAGAUCUCAAAAUGGCAUUUUCUUCGCACUUGCAACAAACUGGACUCAAAGUUUGGUCAGGAGGGGGCAGUGACUUUGCCUUAGAUGAAAUGAUUUCACAUCCCUCUCAUUGCCCCCUUCCUCCUACAAGGCCAGUUGGUGUUUGGAUUCUCCAGUUCACUUUGUUUCAGGUAUUUUGACAUCAAAGUGGGAGACGUCAUCUUCUGGAAUCUCUCUGCCCGGUGUCACUGCUUAAAUAAUUCCAUUUAAUCUUCUGCUCGUGAGCUAUCAAAGCACCCACUCCAAGGAGGAGCAAGGUGCUAAUCAAACGCUUCUCCACCUUGAAAGCCUUUAUUAAAAACCCGUAUACAAGAGUGUAACUUACAGGCAAGCUUGUCUCCGCGUGAUCCCCGCUGUAGAGCACCACAACGCUUGCAGCCCACCAAAGUACAGAGGACGUGGACGUCAAGGGGUCCCCUCUUUGCCGUAAAGGACACGUUUAUGUUUAAAGGGAGGCAGGAGAAACCAGCACGGCCAAAGUGCUGGAGCCCCUGGGGGAUCCAGCACGGACCAGUCCGCAGCUGCGUGAAGACCCAGCGCGGAGAAGCAAAACCUCUGCCACGGCCUCGCUGCUGGCGGGCAGCAUCCCGGGAGGCGUGUGUCCCCGAAGGAGGCUGGGGGUGGCCGUGCCGGGCGGCGGUGCCUUCCCGCAGGGUCCCGGUGCUGUGACACAGUGGGGAUGGCGAGUGCAGCCGCUCGACGCGGUGGCAACAGAGACCUUCAUCACAGCAGUGCCUUCAACACACUGUCUUAAAACCCUCACAGCCCGUCCCCACGUAAGUUCUCUCUCCUACCUUCAACUGGACUUCACCAAAAAUGUCCUAAUGUCGGAAGCGAUUUGGGCGGGAACGUGGAGGACGAAAGCAAGAGGGCUUAAAGCUCUGGGGUCGCGUUCCUGCACGCUGCUGACUCUGAGCGCCUCGGUGCCAGUCGUUUAAGUCUGCGUGGAAAGGGUCGGGACGCUUCCCUCCUUCCAGUGGGCACGACCUACAAACAAGGGCAUUUCCAGAAGUCCCAAGCAGCCAGCGAGGAUGAGGAGCGCCGAGCUGCCCGCUGCCCUCGCCCUGUCCCCGGGGCAGCGGGUUGGCACAGGGCAGAGCAGGGCCCACCCCGGUCCCCGCGAUGCUCCUGUCCAAGCCUGUGCCUGGAGCCUGUUCCCUGGCAGCAGCCCAGCCACCUUCUCGCCUGUCGCUGGCUCUUCUCCAUCCCGUUCGCAGUGCUGUCAGAGCUCACCUGCCAGGGGACCCAGCUCGCCAAACUAAAUGAACCUAAAAUAGACUGACUCGAAUAAGCUGGGACAUCAGGGAAAGCUCGCGAGUGACUCUACCCUGGAGAGCAGAAAAAAUAUUCAGAGAAGGAUAAAUAACUGACAUCAAAGAUGCAUUAAAAUGCCACACAGCUUCAGCCAUCCUAUUUCAGAGUUGCGUUUGUACCAUAAACCGCAAGCCAAUAACACAGGGAGCUGCGACGUUGUAUAUAGUUGCGUACUAGGUAGAGCUCGGUGAGCAGUCCCGUCUGUCUAGUGAACGUGUCUUCAGUGAAAGCUCCCGCAUCGCCCCAGCCGUCGCCCGAGGCCACUGAGACCAGCGGGUUGGAGGCUGGGGGCAAAACACUGGUGACAGCUACGAGGCCACCCAACACCUCCGGGGACAGGGUGUAUUUUUUUUUUUUUUUUUAAUUAGACGUUAGUGGGGAAAUAACCAGAGUAAAAGGUGCCGGUGCGCACAGCGAAGAAGGUGCCGCUCAGGAUCGGCUGAGCCGAGCAACCCUGAACGUGCAAUUUAGACGUAGGCCAGUCAGGUCAGUUUUGAAAGGGAAGAAGACGGGAGUCUUCGAGCCGAUUUUCGCCGCCUGGAAGGCUUUGUGCAAAGCCUCUGCUCGCCGUGAAAAACCCCCAGCUUGAAGGGGGGGUGGUCCUGUUCUGGGCAAGGCACGGCGCAGGGGCCGGCGCCCCAGCUGCGGGGGGUACCGGGGAGAACUCCGGGUGUGGGGUACGCGCCCGGCAGCCCGGGGUGCUGUGCUGGGGGCUGCGGUGGGAGCAGGGGAUGGCAGAGACCGACUGCUCCCUCGCUGGGAGAGCAGCUCCUCGCCCCCGCGCCGCUGCUGCGGUUGCACCGGGAGCAGCUCAGACGCAGCUGGAGGUGUUUUGGCCGUGCUGUGAGCACGGCGGUGUCUGUGUGCUUGUUCUUUCAGAUCCCUGUUUGCCCCCGUGUUACCCAUUCCUCUCCUUUCUUUGUAAAAGUGGAAUAUAAUACUGAAAAAAGAGACGUUCCUGCAGCGCGUAAGAACAUGCUCAGAAGACCUGCAGGGUCCAUCCAGUUGCACGGACAAUAUCCCGACCUCUCUGGGCCUCCUGAGGCUGCCAAAUUAAGUACGAGAUCUCCUGUAUGGCCUUUCCUUUGAGAUUUUUAUUACCUCUGUUUCGAAUAAGCUUGGAAGUUUAUGCAACAGCUUCUCCAUCAGAUGUUUCCAUCUCAUGGACUGGGCAGCAGAAAGAGGAGCCGUCGGAAAGCAAAUGAGCUGAUGAGCUGAUUUUGACACGUUCUUUCAUAGCUUCAGAAGAUACUGCAGUAAAAUGUCCUUCUCAUUGAUGAGUGUUUCUGUGUUAAUGGCACCUUGGGGGCCGUUACGAGAAGCGGUGGGAAGCAGCAAGGGGAAGGGAAUGUACAGGUACUAGAACUUCUGGAGUCACCCAAAACGUCACAGGAAUUAGAGGUAUCAGCCAUGGAACAGAUUCUGAUUUCUUCUGCCCCCCUCCUUAAAAUAAACACAUGCCAGUUUUAGGGGACUUGUGUCUUGGCAGGAAUAAUGAAUUGAUUUGCAUCCGUACCCAUUCCACCGUAUUGUUCUCUGGCUCCUCCCCUCCCCGUUAUACUUGACACACUGGAGUUCUGUAUUAUAUUUUUUUUAAGAUGAUUGUCUGUUUUUUGUUGUUUUUACAAGUGUUGUGGAAAAAAAUGUAAGAAAGUCUAAGUAUUUAAAAAUGUUCCAAGGAAAAAGGGGGUUUUGUUAUUAUUCUAAUAUAUUAUUGUGUACCUAUUGUAAAUAUGAAACACUCCUAUUUUGCAAGCCAAGGACUCACUUUGUACUGUUGUUAUAUAUAAAUAAAGUUUACUGGUUAAAAAAGC